AUGAAGGCCUCCCCUCUUUUCGUCGCGGCAUUUGCCGCCCCUAUUGGCUUUACAACGGCCACCCGAAUCGACAGCUCCCUCCCUGACGGCCUCUACACCGCCAUCCCCGACGAGUCCAAUCCCACGAGGCACCUCAUCCGGCGCGACACGUCCAGUCUCGGCACAGACACAAACAUCAUCCGCGCCCGACAGCGGGGCGUGCCCAUCCCUCCACGCUGUGCACGGGAGGAGUGCAUGCGCCCCAUCCAGGAAGCGCUCCCGAUCCCCGACGGCAAGUCCUUCUGCCGCGACCCGACGACACGCAACAUGACGCAGUCCGACUACCACGCCGCGCUGAACCUACUCUUCGAGUCGCCGCUGUACUGGGUCCCUCCCCGGACGGCGCGCUUCGCACUCCACCGCGGCGCCAUCGCCUACGUGUGCAACUUUGUCGGCUGGAACACGGCCUCGCUCGUCGAGUUCAUGGCCGCCAUGGGGGACCUGGACCGGGAGUGCGGCGUCGGCGUCGCGGGCAAGCGCUCCCUUGCCCAGUGGGACAAGUUCUACGGCCGCGAGGCCCGCGGCUGGGACAUCUGCCGCCUCGAGUUCCAGGACGAGGGCGGCAUCGACAGCGAGCUCCAGGACGUGGUCAAGGCGGGGUGCGAGACGUACCUGAGCGGCGUUAGGUCGUGGUUUCGCAGUGGGAAGUGCAAUCAUGGCAACUCGGGCACCGCGCUGUUCAGGAAGAUGAAGGAGCUGUUUCACUGGUACAAGGCACCGGGCGAGGGCGUGGAGAAAGUGAAGCUUUGA